AUGAUCAUUAAGGACACGCCUUGCAGAGUAAGAGUUCAUGAGACUCCAUUGCUUGUAACAAAUAUCAUUGGUGAUUUAUCCUUACAUGGGUAUCUCAGAGAAAAAGAUAGAGGGAAACCACCACUGUAUAAGGGAGCUGUGGCAAAAGCUUGUAAACAUCAGAAUCAUUGGAAAGUAAUCAGUUGUUCUGAAUCCCUUCAGGUACUUGAAACUUCUCCUGAAGAGAAACCCGGGAAAAAACAAUAUAACGGAGCCUGUAAAAGUCUGUAUUUAGAUGAGUCUCAGGAGAGAACUUAUACUGGAGAUAAACUCAAUGAGGAUAUCUUCAUGAGAUACACACAGGGACAGAAUGAUGAACAAAACCAUAAAGAAGUGGAACAAUUUGUAUGUAGUCUCUGGGAAGAAUCCUUCAUUGAUUUCAGUGAGCUUACCAACCAUGAAAAAAGUCAUAUUGAAGAGAAAAGGUACAGUUGUAGGCAAUGUGGCAAAACAUUUAAAUAUAAAACAUGUUUUGAGAAACAUAAAGUAACUCACAAAGGAGAGAAACCAUAUACUUCUAUACAUUAUGGAAAAGCCUUCACCCAAUUCAAUCAUCAUAACAGUCAUGAAAGCAGUUACAUUGGACAAAAGCCUUAUACUUGCAAGCAUUGUGGGAAAAACUUCACCCGUUCAUCUCAACGAAACAUUCAUGAAAAAAUUCACACUGGAGAGAAACCUUAUGCAUGUAAGCAUUGUGGAAAAGCCUUCAACGACCCCAGUAGUCAUAAGAGACAUGAGAGGAGCCGCACUGGAGAGAAACCAUUUGCAUGUAAACAUUGUGGAAAAAAAUUCACCAGUUCUUCUUAUCUACACAUUCAUAAAAGAAUUCACACUGGAGAGAAACCUUAUCCAUGUAAGCAUUGUGGAAAAAACUUCAUCCGUUCUGUUUAUCGAAACAAUCAUGUAAGAAUUCAUACUGGAGUGAAACUUUAUCCAUGUAAGCAUUGUGGAAAAGCCUUCAAUGACCCCAGUAGUCAUAAGAGACAUGAACGUAGGCACACUGCAGAGAAACCCUAUGCAUGA